GGUGCCGUGCUCAGCCCCCGGAUGCACAUUUUAGUGCAUUAUGCAUAUGCAUUGGCAGCAUUUCUAUAUUUGUCUUUGUCUGGAAAAUCGUUUGCUUUUUCCAGCUGAGUGUAUCUGGUUUGUGUGCAUUGUGGUGCCUCUCUGAGGUACCUGCUGGUUCUGAGAGCUAAGACUGGGCUGUGGGAUAGCACCUGGCACCUGGACCGUAAAUUCUGAGUGUGUGUGUGAGAUUUUAAUGUAGGAAUGAGCAUUUCUGGCUGCUGUGGAAGGAAUAAAGAUCCUCCAUCUGUCGUCCCCCCCUUUUAUAGAUCUCUGUCUGUAGAGUGAGAAUUCAGUUUAACUCUCAGAUAGAGACAGGUUAUAGGAGAGGACAGGUUAUAGGAUUCGCGAUGGGAGGGCGAUUGUACAGAGCUAAACGUGAUCCCCCCUGCCCAAUUCCCACAUUUCAGGCUCACAGCGAAUUCCCAGGUUACCACGAGUCGCCUUUUUGUCAUUUUGGGCGCCCUGCUCUGCUCCCCUCCCCGGCCGGAGCGGGCUCCCAGCAGCCGCGGCUCCCGGGGCCGGGCGCUGCCGGGGCACCGCGUCCCGGGGCGGUGCGGAGCGGGGUGUGCGCGGCUCGGAGCGCCGGGAGCCGCCUGGGAGCAGCCUCGGAGGGCUGGGAGCUGCCUGGGAGGGCUGGGAGCCGCCUCGGAGGGCCGGGAGCCGCCUGGGAGCCGCCUCGGAGGGCUGGGAGCCGCUGGGAGCCGCCUGGCCGGAGCAUCCGAGCCGCCUGCGGAGCGCGGGGCAGAGCCGCGGCUGCGUGGCGCUCGCUGUCACGGCGGGCGGAAGCCUCGCGUAUUUAUGGAGCCAGCGCUUCCUUCUGCGUUUGAGUGACAGCCAGGAUGCCGUCGCUGCCUGGUCACUGGAGCUGAUUAGUAUGCGCCAGGGUCCGCCUCGCUCCGAGGGAUGCAGCCGCAGCAGCUUGCAGAGCUGUCACACUCACACGGGCUCCGUAUCUGCACUGGCUUGACGAAUUAAAAAGCGAGCCAGCCAGCGAGAGAGAGACCCGGAGAGAGAGGGGGGACGAGACAGAGAGAGAAGCUUGCAGACAGCGCUCCUCUUUUCCUAAAGGAAGGAUUUUGCAUCCCGAGUGCUCACUGGUUGUGAUGAUGCUUCACUUAGCGGGCUCAGAAUGAGCUAGAGACAGCAGAUAGGGGAGAAACUAAAGGCAGAGCACAAAGCAUUACGAACCAACCCAAAACCAGGAACAGUUUUCUCCUCUAUUCUAGCAUGGUGGAUGUAUGGACAGUCUUACAGAGCAGAGGUUGACUUCUCCAAAUCUGCCAGCCCCACAUCUCGAACACUACAGUGUUCUGCAUUGCACCAUGACCUUGGAUGUUCAAACGGUGGUCGUUUUUGCAGUGAUUGUGGUGCUAUUGCUUGUGAAUGUCAUACUCAUGUUCUUCCUGGGCACUCGUUAAAUGGAUUUUUUCUCCUGAGCUGUUGGGGGCUACUACUACCACUAGCAAUUCAACAAGAGAGCACGAGCGGGAGAGAGAGAGAGAGAAAGGCGAGAGAGAGAGAGAAAGAGAGAGAGAGAUUUCUUACUGAGGGGGGAAACGCGUUGAGCUUCAACAUGGCCUCGCUGUGAUAUGUAUGACGUUGGUAUUAUUAUCUCUCCCUAAAUCUUUUGUCAUGUCUUGUCUUUUAAGUAUGCCUGUAAGUGUAGCUGCUUUUGCCGGGGUUUUAAAUGUGAUAAAUAAUAACAGCGAUCCAGUGGUUCUGUGCUAGCGAGAUUGAGCUGUGCUUCUUUAGGCAGCAGCAGAGUGAAAAUGAUGUGUCUGUGGUGAGCACUGGCUGUGUUGUUUUGCUUUUCUUUGAAAUAGAGGCUCAAGUUAAUAAUAAGUCGUUUUGUGUGCGAUUUCUAGCAAGCAGUUAAUGUGCAAUGUCUGUGAGAGUAACCGUGUAGGUGCCAGGUGAGAGGUGCUGGUGUGUGCAAUGCAAUUGAGCUAUGGGCAUUUUUAAGGGAGGGGGGUUGUUUGAGAAAUCCUAUUAAGGGAUUAAAUCUUUGCUAAAAUAACAUUCAGCCAAAAAAAAAAAAAAAAAAAAAAAAGAGAGAAAGAGAGAAAAA